AUAUUAUCUGUCCUAUAAAAGGGUCUGAAUUGUAUGCCAUAUAUCAAUUGUUCUUCUGAUUCCAACAUGAGAGCAGCUAUAAUACUUGGACUAGUCGCGCUUCUAUCCGCAGUUAGCGCCCUUCCAGUCGAUGAUCGCGUUAACGGCGAGAAUGGCUGGUACAUUCCCCAAUCAGACGGCUCCUUCGUGUGGAUGGAUAUGGACGAGGCCGAAGAUAUGUUGUCGAAGCACGAAGAGUUGGAGGGACGCAUCAGCACCAACGCUGUGAACUUCUACCUUUACACAAAGUCCAAUCCCACCAGUGGACAGGCAAUUUCGGCGUCAGGCUCAUCCGUUGCCAAUUCACACUUCAACAAGAACAAUCCCACACGUUUUGUUAUUCACGGCUGGACACAGAGUCAGUCGGAUCCGAUGAACACUCAAAUUACCAAGGCAUGGCUGUCCAAAGGAAACUACAACGUCAUCGUUGUUGACUGGGCUCGUGCACGUUCCGUGGACUAUGCCUCUUCCGUAGUGGCUGUGCCCGGCGCUGGUGCUAAGGUCGGACAAAUGGUCAAGUAUCUGGAGAGCAGUCACGGUAUGUCUCUGAGCACUCUGUAUGUCAUUGGACACAGUUUGGGUGCCCAUGUUGCGGGUUACACUGGCAAGACCGUUGGUGAAGGUCGCAUCCACACCAUUAUUGGCUUGGAUCCUGCUCUGCCUCUGUUCAGCUAUGACAAGCCCACCAAGCGUUUGUGCUCCGGCGAUGCUUUCUAUGUCGAAUCCAUUCAGACCAACGGCGGCAAGCUGGGUUUCCUCAAGCCAAUCGGUAAGGGUGCCUUCUACCCCAACGGCGGCAAGUCUCAGCCCGGAUGCGGAGUAGAUGCCACUGGCUCCUGCUCCCACGGCCGCUCUGUGACCUACUAUGUUGAGGCUGUCACCGAGGACAACUUCGGCACCAUCAAGUGCGGAAACUAUGAGGCAGCAGUCGCCAAGGAUUGUGGCAGCACCUACAGCAGUGUUCGUCUGGGAGCUGAUUCUAACGCCUACAUGGUCGCCGGCGAUUUCUACGUGCCUGUGAACAGCAAGGCUCCAUACGGCAAUAUUCACUAAUUACCGUUACAGCAAUAAACGCAUUUAUUUGAAAAACAA